AUGCCAGAAUCCAAGAGAAUCCAAGCAGUAGUCCUUGAUGCGGGUCCUCUCAUUACCCAAACUGCAUCAAAUUUACAACAAUAUGCCGAUGAAUUUUAUACCACCCCAGGAGUUCAUGGUGAAUUAAAGGAUGAACAUUCAAGACAACAAUUAUUAUUAUGGGGCAAUAAAUUAAAAAUAAGACAUCCUAAAGCAGAGUUCAUUCAAAAGGUUAUAAGUUUUUCUAAAUUGACUGGUGAUUAUCAGGUUUUGUCUGUGAAUGAUUUGCAUAUUAUUGCACUUUCUUAUGAAUUGGAAUGUGAAUUAAAUGAUGGUGAUUGGAGGUUGAGAAAAUUUCUUGGUCAAAAAUUGGAAUUCUUGAAAUCGAAGAACGGAGAAGAAAGUAAAGAUAAAGAUGUUGCGCAAGAUGGGGGAAGUGGGGAUUCCGGCAGUCAACAGGUUGAUACUGUGGUUGUUGAAAGUGCUCCAACUAAGAAACCACGUCGUAGAGGGGGGAAGAGACAAAGAGAAAAGAGAGAAGCUGAAUUAAAGAGACUCUUAGAAGAGCAAGGAAACCAUAACCAAGAGGAAGCAGAAGCUAUAGAAGAAGUUAAAGAAGAAGUAAAAGAAGAUGUGGAUAACAAGCCAAUCGAAGAGCAACCCGAAGAAGAAGUUCUAGUUCCAGUGAAAGAAGAUGAAAACGCAGUUUCAUUAGAAGAGGAAUAUGAUGAAGACGACGAUGAUGGUGAUUGGAUAACACCUGAAAACUUACAAGAAGAAAUGUUAAAGGAUACCAAUGAAGAAAUUCAAGAAAGUAACAAAACUGGACCAUUUAUUAAAAUUGCUUUAGCAACCGGAGAUUUCGCAUGUCAGAAUGUAGCAAUGCAAAUUGGUCUUAAUCUUUUGAAUGCAAUGUCAGGUAAACAAAUCAAAAGGGUUCGUAAUUAUAUGUAUAGAUGUCAUGCAUGUUUCCGUUUAACUCCAAUGUCAAAAGAGGGUAAACCAAAACAUUUCUGUCCAAAAUGUGGUGGAAACACAUUACUUAGAUGUGCAGUUUCAGUUGAUAAUGUCACGGGUAGAAUUACUCCUCAUCUUAAGGCUAAUUUCCAAUGGCAUAAGAGAGGUCAAAAGUUUACUUUACCAUCUCCAUUAAGUAAGAAUCAACAAAGAUUACAAGGAAAUGCUGGAUAUCAACAUAAUAAACAAAGUCGUCAUAAAUCCUUACAAGAUCCAUUGAUUUUGAGAGAAGAUCAAAAGGAAUAUCAACAAGCUGUUAAGGAUGAUGAUUGGCAAAGAAGACAGAAUGAAAAGAUUCUUCAAGAAUGGAUUGGAGGUGGAAGUGCUGAUAAUUUCAUUUCUCCAUUCAGUUCUGUUAAUACGAUUAGACACUCUGGGGUUAAAGUGGGUAGAGGAAGAUAUGUUAACUCUUCUAAGGGAAAGAGAAAGUAA